CGGAGCGAGGCGUCGCUCAGCGCCGCUGUGUGUUUCCUGGUUGUAGCUGUCAAACACACGGAGGUUUGGAUACCAACCGAUGUCUCCGUCGCCGCCCUUCAUCGCCCAGAGCGACUUUUAAUCAACCACGAAACAAGAAAUCCUGACCGGCCAUGGCGUUCAGGAAGGCUCUGAAACGGACGGCGGUCAUCGGCGGUGGGGCGGUCGCCGCGGCUUUCGGCCUGUCGCAGCUGAUCGAGUACAGGAGGACACAGCACGGAUUGGCUCGGUUAGCUCACGUGGCGGCGGAAGCGGACCUGAAGGUUCCCUAUGCGGACGAGUUUCCCUCUCGGCAGGCCCAGCUCGCGGCGCUGCAGAACACAGAGGAGUUUGACGUCCUGGUCGUCGGAGGAGGAGCUACGGGUGUCGGAUGUGCCUUAGACGCUGUCACACGCAACCUCAAGACUGCCCUCGUGGAGAGAAGCGAUUUCUCUUCGGGCACGAGCAGUCGGAGCACCAAGCUGAUCCACGGCGGCGUCCGCUAUCUCCAGAAGGCCAUCAUGCAGCUGGACUACGAACAGUACAUGAUGGUGAAAGAGGCGCUCCACGAGCGAGCUAACCUCCUGGAAAUUGCCCCUCACUUAUCUGCGCCGCUACCCAUCAUGCUUCCUGUUUACAAGUGGUGGCAGCUGCCUUACUACUGGGCCGGGAUCAAGAUGUACGACUUGGUGGCCGGGAUCCACUGUCUGAAGAGCAGCUACGUCCUCAGUAAGACCAAAGCCCUGGAGCUUUUCCCCAUGCUGAAGAAAGACAAGCUGGUGGGAGCCAUCGUCUACUACGACGGGCAGCACAACGACGCCCGUAUGAACCUCGCCAUCGGCCUCACCGCCGCCCGCUACGGUGCCGCCAUGGCCAACUACACUGAAGUGGUCCACCUACUGAAGACAAACGACCCACAGACGGGCAAGGAGAAGGUGUGUGGCGCCCGCUGCAGGGACGUCAUCACAGGAAAGGAGUUUGACGUGAAGGCCAAGUGCGUGAUCAACGCCACCGGCCCUUUCACAGACUCGCUGAGGAAGAUGGACAACCAGGAGACUCAGAACAUCUGCCAGCCGAGCGCCGGCGUCCACAUCGUCAUCCCCGGUUACUACAGCCCCGACAACAUGGGCCUUCUCGACCCGGCGACAAGCGACGGCCGCGUCAUCUUCUUCCUGCCCUGGGAGAAGGUGACCAUCGCCGGGACGACUGACACACCCACCAAGGUGACGGCACACCCGAUCCCGGGGGAGGACGACAUCAACUUCAUCCUGAGGGAGGUCCGCAACUACCUCAGCCCCGAUGUAGAAGUCCGCCGUGGAGACGUGUUGGCGGCGUGGAGUGGCAUCCGUCCCCUGGUGACCGACCCCAACUCCAAAGACACUCAGUCCAUCUGCAGAAACCACAUCGUCAGCAUCAGCGACAGCGGGCUGGUCACCAUCGCCGGUGGGAAGUGGACCACCUACAGGUCCAUGGCUGAGGAGACUCUGGACGCGGCCAUCAAAGCUCACAGCCUGCCGGCCGAGCCCUGUAAGACCGUGGGGCUGCAACUGGAGGGAGGCAAAGGAUGGACGCCGACGCUCUACAUCCGCCUGGUGCAGGACUACGGACUGGAGAAUGAGGUCGCUCAGCACCUCGCCUCCACGUACGGAGGAAAGGCGUUCGACGUGGCCAAGAUGGCGCAGGUCACCGGGCAAAGAUGGCCGAUCGUGGGGAAGAGACUGGUGUCUGAGUUCCCGUAUAUCGAGAGCGAGGUGCUGUACGCGAUUAAGGAGUACGCCUGCACGGCCAUCGACGUCAUCGCACGGCGAACCCGUCUGGGCUUUCUGAACGUGCAGGCGGCCGAUGAGGCGCUGCCACGCAUCGUGCAGAUCAUGGGGAAGGAGCUGGACUGGUGUCAGGAGCGGAAGACGGCAGAGCUCGAAGCAGCGAGGAACUUUUUGUACCAGGAGAUGGGCUACAGGUCUCGAUCUGAGCAGCUGACCAAGACGUCCGAGAUCACUCUGGACUACCACGAAGUAGUGAGGUACAAGAAGCGUUUCCACAAGUUUGACAAAGAGAGCAAAGGAUUCAUCACCACUGUUGACGUGCAGCAAGUCCUGGAGAGCAUCAACGUCCACAUUGAUGAGAAUGCGCUCCACGACAUCCUUAACGAGGUGGACCUUAACAAGAACGGACAAGUGGAAAUUGAUGAAUUCAUGCAGCUGAUGAGCGCUGUGAAGAAGGGACAAGUGUCCGACAGCCGCCUGGCCAUCCUGAUGAAAUCAGCGGAGGAAACUUUGGAUAAGAGAGGCCCGGUGACGGUGGACCGAAGCGGGGGCGGCGUGUGAGCCCGACACGAGGAGGAUUUUUCAAAGGAUGCCAAGAAAACCUUCAGCUGCUGCUCUGUUCAAGGUGGUGAUGGAAAAAAAAAAGAAAUCAUGCAAAUGGCGCUAUUUGAAUGACAAUAAUGCAAUCAGGCACGCGGUGGGAUGAAUUUAGCCAAAUCAAGAGUAGCCCAGCAUCACUUCUGAGUGUUUUGGGUGACAUAUUAUCUAAUGAUUGAGGCUGAGGUUUGUUUUUCAUGAAGUCAGAGGGUAGAUCUGUCCGUCUGGUGCCUCUGAUAUUACACAGCACACGAUAUAUAUCUGUUUUAUACAGUCUGUUUUUAAACUCUUUUGAUAUGUUAAUCAUUGCAUUAUCUUUGUAGGUUCUCAAGCACUCCUGUUUUUAAACUUCAUUUUUAACAGUCCACACUGAUUGUUGAGGAGACACCGUCCUCGAUGCAAUGCAGCUUUUUCAGAUGGCGACUGAGUGUUUGGUGGUGCUUUAUUUCGGGGGUCCAUUUUUCUUAAUGAUUCCUUCAAGGUUUCCUGGAAAGAAUGAUUAAAUACAGAGGGAACAAAGACACAUACCAUGGAGAGACCGAUCCCAUGUACCAUGUACUUUCUUUCAAAAAAGUACUUUUAAACGCAUGUGUUACGUUAAAAGCUUUUGAAUGUCGGCUAAAAAAAUAUAUAAAAAUAAAUAAAUAAAUGGUAAAGAAUAAAUGUUGUGAAGCACAACGUGUCAGAGACGAGGUCCAGAUGGUUUGUGAGCAUUGAAAAGCGCUUGAAAACACAACAUGCUUGAAUUACAUCAUUAACUCUACCUUUGUGUUCCCUCACAAGAACUUGAAACACUUGUCAGCUUCUUGGACUUCCUUGAUGUUCUCAGAGCUUCUGGAUAUCCUCAGUAGCGUCUUGGACUUCCGUUCUUGGUAGCUUCCUGGACUUUCUAGGCCAUUUCAAAACCACAUCAAAUGUCUGAAAAAUCCUUAAAAACAGUUCUUGGUUCAGAUAUACAAUUGCUCAAACUUGUUGAAAGCAAACAACAGAUUUGGACAAACUAGAAAACAGCAGAACGUUUUGUCCAGGUGACAAAGAAGUCGGCAUAUUUGGAUAGUUUCUUCUGGACCCACCAAAUCCAGAAAACAAACAUUUCUGGAAGACUUAAAAGUUAUAGUACAAAUCAUAAAGUCUGAUGUAGCACCAAGAAUCUCCUGAGUUUGGGAACUGUUGCAGACCAAGGCAAGCAUACAACUUAACAUAAAUGAAGAGCUUACUGGGUUUAUAUGGAGCCAAUUAAUAACCAAUUAUCGAUUCUUUCCAGGAAACUUUCUCUGAAAUAAAAAAAAAAACGAUGGACCCCUAAAAGAAAGAAAUCCUUAAGGGGAUUUGAAUAUAUUGUUUCUGAUCUUUGCAUGUUACACGCACUAGCCAAGUAAUAUUUCGUAACGUUUCUGAGACGUUGAUUUAAGGGUUUAAAAAGCUGAUCUUCCUUUCUACUGUGUUUUCCAUCUAUUGCACUACCAGCAAACUACUGAGGUUUACAUGAGGUUUCCAGCUUUUGCGUUACUGAUUUUUUUUUUUUAAUCACUGCUUUUCUUUUGUUCCCUUCAUAUACUUUAAAACUAUUUAUUCUUUUUUUCUUAUGUCACUGCAGCUUGUUUACAGAGAUUAUGGGUUUAAAAACAGGAUUUUAAAGGGAUAUAUUUGUUUUAUUAGAUGGAUUGCAUGCCACAUGUUCUCUGAAUAAUGUAGAGCAAAAACUUUCUUUAUAGUUUUAGUUUGGAGUCUUUUAUUUUGAGAGAUGUGAUCUGAAACAACGCUGUAUCAACGCACACGCUGAGUCCGUCAGCAGCAAAAUGAUCUUAUAUAAUCCUGCAUGUUGUGAGCUUCGUUUAUGUAACAAAAAAAGAAGACAUUUUUAAUCCGGCAUGUUUAAUCUGCAGCUUUUGUGUGAGGUCAAAUUGAAAAGGCGAUGCACUGUAUGAAUGUAUGAUAUGUGCCUUGAUGUGCCUAAGACAUUUUCACAAUGCCACACUUCAUUUUUAAAAACAUUACAGAACUUUAUGUUAAGAAUUUAAAGAUAUUUAAAUAAUAUUUAGUAUUUAAAAUAUAUUGUUUAUCUUUGUUUGAACAGAGGUGUGUUGUAAGCCGCCAUGUUGGAGGGUUUAAGGACCAGACGUAGGGUUUCAAGGGCAAUUUUUAGUUUGGUAAUUUGACCUGUGUAAAUCACAAAAGACUUAUUUUGUAGGGCAGGGUGUCAAAUUACAACACUUGGUCAGAUCUUUAACUUUCCGUAAGAUUUGUAACCUUCCCUAAAAUCCAUAACCAUCUGUAAGAUUCAUAACUUUAAGUGAGAUCUGUAACCUUGUAUAACAUUUGUAACUCUCCCUAAGAUCCGUAACCUUACGCAAGAUUCAUAACUUUCUGUACGAUCUGUAACCUUAUGCAAGAAUCGUAACUUUCCGUACGAUCUACAGCCUUAUUUUUAAGAUUUAAAUUGGAUUUUUUUUUUACAGUUUUAAGGUUUUAGUAAUUUUAAGUAUAUGCUGCUUGUGUUUAUAUAUUUACAUUUAUAGGCCCUAAAAAGUCCCACAUGAAGGCUGUAAUUUCUUGUCAAUCGUCAAUGUGCAGACUGCAGAAGAAGCCUUUAUACUCAUUAAUCUGUUGCUCAAACUGGACUUUGAACUCAUUUUAAUGCAGGUAUUCAGGUCUGCAUGCCUGAUAUGUCAGAUACCAAAAAUGCCAACAACAUGAAAUAGUUUUCAGAAUCAGUAUCCAAAAUACGAAGAUAAAACAGUCUUUUUAUUUUCAGACCAUCAUGUGACACUAAAACUCCCAGAUCAUUUCAUUACUUUAGUGUUAUUUAGGUGUUAGUCUGUUAGUUUUCAGACCUCCAACAUGGCAGCCCUCACUCUUCCUCACUACAGGCCUCUGUUGAGGGUUUUUUACUUCCUUCUUGCCUUCAUAUUAUGAUUUAUAUUCAGAUUUUUCUACGGACUCUCGUCUUAUGCAGUGAACAGAAUCAUUCCACACGUUUCCUCCCAUGUACCAAAACACGUAACUGUUACUGUAUCUGUGUGCGGUCACAUGGGGGUUCGGCUACAAUACCUCGACACUGAGGACCCUUCAAACUGCCAACGACGGCCACGUCAAGAAUCGCUCAUGGGCAGCACGACUUAAACCCGCAUCCCGAUGUUUGAUUGUCUCCUUUUGGAUGAAAUUACAGCUUUAUCCAGGCUCAAAGAGAAUCAUAUUGCUCUUUUUUUUUUUUUUUUCACCGAUUCUGUACGAAUACUGUGAGUCAGUCUUCAGGUAAAAGGAAAAAAAAGAAACACAAAGCAAUUAUCUAAUUAAAUGUAUCUGGUUGCUCUCGAA